UAAUUGUCACAUUUUUCAACGCCUUCUUCUUAUAAAUACUUUUCUUCUCUUUCUUUUUGACACAACCAUAAAAGAUAGCCAAAGAAAAAAAUAAAAUAAAAUAAACGUAUUCAUAUUUGGUCAAAAUCACCACUGUACUUAACUUUUUCCAUUCUUUUAGGACGUUGUGUGGGCAUAUAUAUAUAUUGGAGUUUGCCCAUCUGGGCUUUGCUCACUCAAAGGUUUUGGAAAAUCAGAAGAGGACAGACUUCCCUUUUCUCUACUCUAAAUUAUCUUUCCCCAACCAUCUUUGAGCUUCUUUUCUUUGGUUUGUGUGAAAACCAACUCAUAUCAUGGCGGAGAUUUCAAGUAAUGGACACCAUGUUUUGAAUGUUAAAGAUGGUGAGCCCAAUCAAAACUCUUCCUCUAAGACCAACUCAGAUUCAGGGAUACCAUGUGUCUCAGUACCAUUCAUACAAAAGUUGUUAGCUGAGGUUUUGGGUACCUAUUUUCUUGUAUUUGCUGGUUGUGCCUCGGUGGUGGUAAAUUUGGCUGAAGAUAAAGUUGUGACUUUUCCCGGAAUAUCUAUAGUUUGGGGAUUAGUAGUGAUGGUAAUGGUUUACUCGGUUGGUCAUAUCUCUGGUGCCCAUUUCAAUCCUGCGGUCACAAUUGCUUUUGCCACUACUAGGAGAUUUCCACUGAAACAGGUACCUGCUUAUGUACUAGCUCAAGUUCUUGGAUCAACUCUAGCUAGUGGUACGCUUCGGCUAUUAUUUACAGGAAAACAAGAUCAUUUCUUUGGAACACUUCCCACAGGCUCUGAUAUGCAGUCGUUUGUGCUUGAAUUCGUCAUAACAUUUUACCUUAUGUUUGUUGUGUCUGGUGUUUCUACUGAUAACAGAGCGAUAGGAGAACUUGCUGGGCUGGCUGUGGGCUCUACUGUUUUACUGAAUGUGAUGUUUGCAGGGCCAAUAUCUGGAGCAUCAAUGAACCCAGCAAGAAGCUUGGGUCCAGCAAUUGUGGCAACCCGGUAUAAAGGACUUUGGAUUUAUCUUGUUUCACCAACUCUUGGAGCCAUAGCUGGAGCUUGGGUCUAUAACUUAAUCAGGUUCACCAACAAACCACUUAGAGAGAUCACCAAGAGUGGUUCUUUCUUAAAAAGUCUAAGGCGUGAGAAUUCCGGUUGAUCAAAAGAUGUAGCAGUGGAGACCAAAGGACAAGUCAAACAAAUGCUGCGAUCCUUUCUCUCUCUUUAUUAAUUAAUACAAAGCACUGAAGCCAGCUACUAGCUAGACCAGCUUUCUGACCAUUUCUUUUCUAUUAGGUUAUUUUUAACUGUUGCUCAAAAUUGUGGAAAAAUUAUGUGCUACCAAUGUUUAUGCCCGUAUCAAGCCACAGCAAGUGAUAUGAAUGUUAAGCAAAAAAAAAAGCAAGUGAUAUGAAUGAAAAUGUCUCCCUUUUGUUCUUUUCUGUAA